AUGAACACCCUGGGGCAGGACAAGGAGUUCCAGCCAGCCGGGAGCGCGGAUGUCCGGUGUCUGCGCACAGCUCUUCCAGGGGCUCAAGCCGCCCGGGAGGACAAUAGCGGCAGGCAUGCCACCACUAUGAAGUCCAGCCCACCAGGAGCCAGCACAAAGAAGCAGUCUGUGCACUCAGCUCCCCCGGGACCAGUUGGCAUGAUGGGACCUGGCAUGCAGGUAUUUGGCAAUUCUUCACUUGAAAACCCUACCCUGUGGAUCAACAACAGUGCUGCUCCCUUCUUGCUGAGUGGCUUCCUGGGUGCAGAGGCAGUUCACAACUGGAUCUCUCUUCUCUUCCUUAUCAUCUACCUCUCCAUCCUUUUGGGCAAUGGCACCCUUCUCUUUCUCAUUUGGAACGACUCCAGUUUUCAUGAGCCCAUGUACUACUUCUAGGCUAUGCUGGCAGGCACAGACCUUGGGAUGACACUAACCACAAUGCCCACAGUCCUGGGUGUCCUGUGGCUGGACCAGAGGGAAAUUGCUCAGGGUGCCUGUUUCACUCAGUCCUACUUCAUUCACACCUUGGCCAUUGUGGAAUCGGGUGUCUUGCUUGCCAUGGCCUAUGACCGAUUCAUCACCAUCUGCACCCCUCUGAGUUAUAACUCCAUUCAUACCAAUUCCUGGGUGAUGAAGGUAGGACUGGGGGUACUAAUGAGGGGCUUUGCGUCCACUGUGCCCCCAACUGUGCCCCUCUAUUGGUUCCCAUAUUGCCGUUCCCAUGUUCUUUCCCAUGCCUUUUGCCUCCACCAAGAUGUCAUGAAACUCGCCUGUGCUGACAUCACAUUUAAUCGUGUUUAUCCAGUUAUUCUGGUUGCUUUGACUUUCUUCCUAGAUGCUCUGAUUAUCCUCUUCUCCUAUAUUUUAAUCCUGAAGACAGUUAUGGGCAUCAUUUCUGGAGAAGAGUGAGCUAAGGUCCUUAACACCUGUGUCUCCCAUAUUAGCUGUGUUCUGGUAUUUUAUAUUACUGUGAUUGGCCUAACUUUCAUCCACAGGUUCGGGAAACAUGAACCACAUGCGGACCACAUUACCAUGAGUUACAUCUACUUUCUCUUUCCUCCAUUCAUGAACCCCAUUAUAUAUAGCAUCAAGACCAAGCAAAUUCAGAGAAGCAUCAUUUGCUUAUGUUCUCUGCACAGAAGGGCUUGA